CCCAAAACAAAAAAUUAGAGUGGUGUUCCGCUAUUCGCGUUUGGAAUUAGAGCAUGUACAGCAGCGAGUUAAAUUAGUGCCACGCCUGCCACGUCAUAUGGCAUCCCUUGUUUGCAAGGCAUGGAGGAAGCGUUCCACCCCUCUUUGCGAGGCAUAUCCGUGGCACUUUUGCACUAUUUUUUUUCUUUCUUUUUUGUUAAAAUUGGGACAGUAUUUGGCGUCAAUUUUUGAGUGUCUAAAUCCAAGUAUCAGUGUGACACUGUCCCCUGAAGCAAAAUGGCGAAGAAGAAGAAGAGGAGAGUUCCAGAAGUGCUUUGGAGGCUAUUCCACAACCGCGCCCGGACUCUUUGCGAUACGAUCAUAUCCUUGAUUCCUCCGCCACCGUCUCCGGAGGCGGAUUGCCUCUGCAAUGGCCGUGGAUGCCUUGGCUGCGGUGGCGCUAACGCAAUGGCGUCUCUCCUCAGACCUACCGACCCUCCGGAUUACCGGAAGCUUCUCAGUCACUGCUUUGUCGUCCUGGGUGAAAAUGCUCCUUCGUUAUCAGUCUUAGAUCCUCACAACCGCUGGUCCCAGGUUGAGAUUGUUAGAAGAACAAUCGAAGCACUGAUGUCUGAGCAGCCCACCUCAUCUAAUAUAAUUUGCUAUGACUAUGAUAAGGCGAGCUGCUCAAGUUCUUUAUCUGUGAUUGAGCUUCUGACAUCCUCUGCAUGGCGCCUUCUCUUGAGAAGAGUUGGGGACGCCCUUAUGAUUUACAUGCUAAGGAAUGCUUCAAUAUUCAUGCCCUUUCCUCAAAAAGCACUCCAUCAAGUGGCAGGUUUUCCUAUCAGUGACCUGUGUUUCGCAUCCUCCAAGCAUACUUCCUGCAGUAGAAAAAGAAAAAUCACUGAUGAAAUGUGGUCAACGUCAUUGAAGCAACUAUGCACUAGGCCAAGCUGCACCAAAGAGGAGUCAUCAAAUGGGACUUCGGCAUGUGGUGGAGACAACUGCAUGAGUAAAAGAGCACAUUCACUUGCUGUUGGCCAAGGUUCCUCAAACCAUUUUCUUUCAUUGAACAGGAAACGGAAAAGACCCAGUAGUUGGCAACGUCAUAGAAAACAUCAGCCAUUGGCAAAUCAAGAAGCAACACAGUCCUCAAAUCCACACAGGAAUUUGACAGAGAAAGGAGAAUCACCUUCUGGUCUUCCACAUGAAAGAAGUGUUAGAACAAUGGGAUGGUGCUCUUGUUGCCUUGUAUUUUCUACUCAAUUGAAACUCAGAGAGGAGAUCAUUAUCAAGAAAAGCACCAUGUUCUACAAGCUAGAGAGUUGUUCAACUGUCUUUCCUGGAAAACAUAUACUGAAUUCUUUGAAGCCCAACUCUUCUGGUGCAAGCGAUCUCUUCAAGGAAAUUUUUGGAUCUUGUGGUAGUAAGAUCAAUGGACAUAUUUCACCUUGUGUACAUAGCUCUGAGUGCUGUUUUGUCAGAUCAACAUGCUUAUAUCACUCACUCAUUAGGCUGCUUAAAGUUCUCAUACGUAAGGCUCAGCAUUGUCAACACUUACGGCUGUUGGAAAAGCACUGUCCUAUUCCAUCAAUGGAUGAGGUUGCCAAAAGAGAGUGGUGUGAUGAUUAUCAGUCAAAGGACAAUCCACAUGCAAAUAGCUGUACUGCAUACUUUCUUGGAGAUGAAUUGACAGAAGAUGUUUUUAGCUCAAAAUCUCAUGAAAGCUUCAAUACAAAGCAUUCUCUGUUAAGACCAAGUGCGUGUUAUUCUCUGAAGAAACAAGUUGUAUCAUUUGUUUGGGCAGUUAGUCGGAAUAUUGUGCCCCCAGAUUUGUUAGGAACUCCAUCCAAUUGGCGGCAUUUGACGAAGAACAUCUCCAGGUUAAUUCAAAUGCGCAGAUUUGAGAAAUUCUCUCUUAGUCAGUGCAUGCAUAAACUGAAAAUAUCUAGGUUCCCUCUGCUUUCAAGUAUGUAUGAAGAGAAGGGUGAAAUUGAUGCCUUAGAUGUUGUGAGACAUAAAGUCCUUGAGUGUUGGGUGAUUUGGUUCUUUUCAUGUUUUGUAGUGCCACUGGUGCAAGCCAACUUUUAUGUAACUGAAACUGAACAUGAGAAUCAAGAGGUUUUUUAUUAUCGGAAGUCUAUUUGGAAGCAGGUAAAGGUCGAAACUAUGACUUGCUUAAAUGGUCAGCGCUUUCUAGAAUUAAAUGCAGCCUCUGCCAGGGAAAUCUUGAGAAAAAGAUCAUUUGGAUUCUCGAGGGCUAGGUUUCGUCCAAAGAAAAAUGGGUUAAGGAUAUUGGAAAAUCUUAAAGCACCAUCAAGAAUGCCCGUGAAGUUUUCCUCCCAAUCCAAUGGACAGAGAAAUGUUUCUCUCAUGAGAAAUGUCAAGUAUGACCAUUUUAGGUCGGUAAAUUGUGCUCUUCGUGAUUUGCAUGCAGUGCUAAAAGGGAUACAAACAAAAGAACCCGAGAAACUGGGAUCAUCUGUAUUUAAUUAUAAUGAUGUCUACAAUAAGCUUGUUUCUUUUGUGACGAAUCUCAAGAAUGAUUUUGCAGCAAUGCCUGGUGUAUUCAUGAUUGUGUCAGAUGUAGCUAAAGCUUUUGAUUCCAUAAACCAGGACAAAUUGUUGGCUGUGAUGGAGGACAUUGUAUCAGAUGAAGAAUAUGUUUUAGAAAAAAGCCUCCAAGUUGUGUGCACAAAGAAAUCUUUGUGGGUCAAUCAGCAUCUGACACUUGCACUUGAGAAUGUCACAUUAUCCCAUGCAGUUCGCCCAUUGCAUCACGUUCUUGUGAAACAGGAAAAAGGCAGAAAGGUGAAAAGGGGUGAGCUUACUUUUUACUUGAACGAGCACAUAAAACGUAAUUUGCUUAUCAUGGACAGCAAAUUCUACUUGCAAUGCCUUGGCAUUCCCCAAGGAAGUAUUUUAUCUUCUCUGCUAUGCUCAUUCUACUAUGGACACCUUGAAAAAAAGUUGAUUUUUCCUUUUCUUGAGAAAUCUUGUAAGCCUACCAAUGGAUGUGAAGAUGAAGUCAUACAUGAUGAGCCAAAGUACCUUCUUCUUAGGUUCAUAGAUGACUUUCUUUUUAUAUCAACCUCUAAGCUUCAAGCUUCUCGUUGCUUGAGCCGAUUGCAUAGAGGAUUUCGUGAAUUCAACUGCUACAUGAAUGAAGAAAAGUUUGGAAUGAAUUUUGACAUAAACCAUCUAUUAGACUUGAGAUCCAAUAGACUGUAUGUUGGAGAUGAUGGAAUCUCGUUUCUUAGAUGGAGUGGAUUAUUUCUUAACUCUCAAACUCUGGAAAUUCAAGCAGAUUAUACAAGGUAUCUGAAUACCCAUUUGAGUUCAACCCUAACUGUUAGCUGGGAAGGUAAACGAAUUCGCGAGUUGAAGUCUAAGUUGUGUUGCUAUCUGCGCCCCAAGUGUCAUCCCAUAUUUUAUGAUUUGAAUAUAAACUCGGCUGCUGUGGUCAGACUUAAUAUUUAUCAAGCUUUUCUGCUAUGUGCCAUGAAGUUCCACUGCUAUAUCUCUGAUCUUGCUAGGAUUGUAAGGUUAAACACCAAGUCCUAUUAUGAUGUUCUGGAAACUUCUUUGAGGUAUAUGAAGAAGCUCAUAAAGGGCAGUAGGAGGAUUUGUUCUGAUUUUCUGCCAAUUAUUGAAGUGGACAAGGGAGAAAUCGAAUGGCUCGGCCUGACUGCUUAUAUUAGAGUAUUGACGAGGAAACAAUCGCGUUAUAGGGAAUUACUACCCUUACUGAGGUCCAAGUUAAUGGCACUUAGAACCCCAGAAUGCAUGUCUCCAGCUCUCAAGUAUGCCACUGAUGACCUACACUCCUCUGUGCUUUGGAAGAUUAGGUACUGAUAUCUGCUGCAAAAAACUAAUUUCAAGUAGGGGUAAAGGUUUGUGCGGGGUGGGAUCCUCU